UUAAGGGCCGAUUCGCUACCGUUGAGAAAUUCCACCCAGCGGCCCAUGUUAGCACAAAACACUGUAGAGAAGGAAAUAUCCGAUGAACAAAAAGAAAAAUGAAAAGAGAAAUCGAAAAUAAGAUAGUGCAGAGAAAAGCAUCCUUUUUACUUUAACAGCGGCAUCAACUCCUCAUUGUCUCAGGCCGCCGCUCUCCUCCGCCGACUGCUCUCACCCUCAAUCUCUUCUUUCAUCAGGUUUUCUUUAUAAUUACUUCAAGAAGCAUGAAUACCUCAUGCAAAGCAAAUACAGAACUAUCGCAUUGUAUCGCAAAUUUGUUCAAACCGGGCUCGCUCGAGAUUCGUAAAGAUAACUUAACCAAAGGAUUCUUGCCAUUCGUCUCCAAGAAUUGCAAGAAACAACUGAAAGAUAGAAGAGGUUCUGGGGUUGUACUUUCAAUGUCGAGCAGCAGUACCAGAAACCAUGUCGAAACUGCUGCAGAGGACAAGGGAGAGGGACUUACAUACAAGGAUGCUGGUGUAGACAUUGAUGCUGGUACAGAACUUGUCAGGAGAAUAGCCAAAAUGGCGCCCGGAAUUGGAGGUUUUGGAGGGCUCUUCCCUUUGGGGGAUUCCUAUCUGGUGGCUGGUACAGAUGGAGUUGGAACCAAACUUAAGCUGGCUUUUGAGACUGGAAUCCAUGAGACUAUUGGCAUUGAUUUGGUUGCCAUGAGUGUUAACGACAUAGUCACUUCUGGGGCAAAGCCUUUGUUUUUCCUUGAUUACUUUGCCACUAGUCGUCUUGAUGUUGACCUUGCAGAAAAGGUCAUCAAAGGCAUAGUUGAUGGUUGCCAACAAUCCGACUGUACUCUUUUAGGGGGAGAGACUGCGGAGAUGCCUGAUUUUUAUGCAGAUGGGGAGUAUGAUCUCAGUGGUUUUGCUGUGGGUAUCGUGAAAAAGGACUCAGUUAUUGAUGGGAAAAACAUUGAGGUUGGGGAUGUUCUCAUUGGUCUUCCAUCCAGUGGAGUUCAUUCAAAUGGAUUCUCUCUUGUCAGAAGGGUUCUACAACGAAGUGGCCUUUCUUUGAAAGACAGUCUUCCUGGUUCAUCUGUUACACUAGGUGAAGCUCUGAUGGCACCCACAGUUAUAUAUGUUAAGCAGGUUCUUGACAUCAUUAGCAAAGGUGGUGUGAAAGGGAUUGCUCACAUAACUGGUGGUGGUUUUACUGAUAACAUACCUCGUGUGUUCCCAAAGGGCCUCGGAGCUCUCAUAUACAAGGACACUUGGGCUGUUCCUCCCAUUUUCAAAUGGAUUCAGGAGGCUGGAAGAAUAGAAGAUGCAGAAAUGAGACGAACUUUUAAUAUGGGAAUUGGAAUGGUGCUAGUCGUGAAGGAGGAGGCUGCUCUCAGAAUACUUGGAGAAUAUCACGGCACAAAUUCAGCAUAUCGCGUCGGUGAGGUUAUAAGUGGUGAUGGAGUGAGCUACCGAUAGUAAUUGGUUUCAGAAGAUCCUCAUAUUGCCAGCAUUAAGAAAUUUUGUUUAAAGACGAUGAGAGUUCGAAAGUUGCGGCUUCCAUUUAGCUCAUAUCUAAGCUACCCUGUUGUGGAAUCCUUAAGUUAAUUGUUUUUGUCUCCUUCAAUGUUGUGCAGUACUCGAUAAAAUUUGGCAUGCCUGGUUCCUCACCCGUGUUCUAUAAAAGUGAAUUUGGGAUGUCUGAAUUCUCCUCUGUAUUGUUUCUGCAAUGUAUCAGAAUUACACAGCAUGUAUUUCAUAAUUUUAGCUCCCAAGAGAGUUUCUGGUAA